AUGUCAAGGGAUAAUGAGGAAGAUGUACUAUUAUCCGGUCUCCGAGUGUUGUUGACAUUAAGUGUCGAGGAAUUACUGGAUGUCCAGCAGGAUAUAAAUACCCAGCUGAGGAAGAGAUUAUAUCAACCUAGAAAUAGAAUAAAACGGUCAGCUAUAGAAUCAAAAACAGAAUAUGGAAGACUGCCAAAGGAAGAACAAUUAACCCGUGAGGAGUCACGCUCAAACAUAAUGCCAAUAGCAGAACCCAUCGAGAAAGAUAUAGUUGGAAGUAUUAAUUUAGUAAACGAUAAUGAACAUGUGGAAAACUCAGAGGCUGAGUUUUCGGAUGAUACCGAAGAUCUUAUACUUACACAAUUGGAAUCAAGUAAAAUAUUGUGUCAGAAUGUCAUAGAAACCUCAAGACAUUCCAAAUUAGAUGAACACAAAAAUAGUACAUCUGUAUUUAUUCCACCCAAUUCCAAAAUAGAGUUAACAAAUACACAAGAAUCAAAUAAUUCUAACUACUAUGAUGGGAAUAAAAACAUAUAUAGUUCGCCUCUCAAGGAUUCUACAGAUUCGUUUCGUGAUUCUGAUAAGACUGAAAUACAGUUGCUUAAGUUUGAAGAAAAUGUUCAACUUUCAAGAGCAAAUUGUAAUUCUAAUGGGAAAAGAGUUCAUAUGCAUUCUGAGAAUGACCUUAAUAAAACAAACUUGAAGUCUAAACUAAUCAAGAUGGAAGAUCCAAAUUCUCUAGUUAGACUUAAUCCAGCACAGACUAAUAGAAAGGAGAACAACGCCAUGUCCCCACAUAUUAGAACUAGAAAGAAAUUUGACUUCAAUUUGAAUCCACUUAUUUCAAAACCUUGGAUAUUAGAAGACUUUAAACCAAAUAAAGAUGUUUCUGCUGUUAAACGAGGUAAGAGAAGAUUAGAAGAAUUCUAUAAAAAAGCCGGGAAACCAAUGGGAGCACAGAUGGAGAACGAUAAAGUAGAACAUCCACUAUUUGAUAUGUCAUUUGAUAUGCCAUUUGAUAAUUUAAGACAAAGAACCGAUUCACCUCCUGGUUAUGGUCGUUUAGAUUUUCCAACAACACAAGAAAGAGAAGAAGACAAAAUUGCUUCAAAGAAAAUAAUCUAUAAGAAGACUAUGAAGAGAUUUCUUUCUUCUGUAAACUAUAGAAUACCACCUCAAGAACGGGAAUUCUUGUUUAAAAGGGAAGAAUUCAAUGAGGCAGUCAAUGACUCAGAUUUUAAAUGGGAUCCUACAACUCUUAAAAUAUACCCUUCUGCAUGA